AUGUCGGACCCGUAUGCACCGCUGUUGCAGUCUUUGACGCGACUGCAGUCGGAGGUCUCGACUCUUCAGCAACGACACCAGAUGGUUCGUGAGCAGAAUGACAAACUGGUGCGGACAGGGAUCGAGAUGGAGCAAGCUUUGUUGCCUUACGAAAAGGGGUUGAAAAUACAGGAGGAAGAGAAGAUGGCUCUGGAGGCGCAGAAUAGUCGUGAUAAUGGGGAUGUCAGCAUGUCUGGCACGCAGUGA